GGGCCACGGUGACGCAGGGCGGGCCGGGACGCGCGGAGGCGGCGGCGGCGCCUCCUUCUGCUGCUGCGCCCCAUCCCCCCGCGGCCGGCCGGCUCCAGCCAGCACCCCGCGCCCGUGCCCCUGGGCCCCGCCAUGGGCCUCACCGUGUCCGCGCUCUUCUCGCGGAUCUUCGGGAAGAAGCAGAUGCGGAUCCUCAUGGUUGGCUUGGAUGCAGCUGGCAAGACCACAAUCCUGUACAAACUGAAGUUGGGGGAGAUUGUCACCACCAUUCCUACCAUAGGCUUCAACGUGGAAACAGUAGAAUAUAAGAACAUCUGCUUCACAGUCUGGGACGUGGGAGGCCAGGACAAGAUUCGGCCUCUGUGGCGGCACUACUUCCAGAACACUCAGGGCCUCAUCUUCGUGGUGGACAGUAACGACCGGGAGCGGGUUCAGGAAUCUGCUGAUGAACUCCAGAAGAUGCUGCAGGAGGAUGAGCUGCGGGAUGCCGUGCUGCUGGUGUUUGCGAACAAGCAGGACAUGCCUAACGCCAUGCCCGUGAGCGAGCUGACUGACAAGCUGGGGCUGCAGCACUUGCGUAGCCGCACGUGGUACGUCCAGGCCACCUGUGCCACCCAAGGCACAGGCCUGUACGAUGGGCUGGACUGGCUGUCCCAUGAGCUGUCGAAGCGUUAGCCAGCUGGGGCAGGCCCCUGCUGCCCGGAAGCUCCCGCGUGCGUUCCCGGGAUGACUGACUCCCGGACUCCUCAGGCAGUGCCCUGCCCCUUCACUCCACCUCCCCCACUGACUCGGGCCUCUGCUCCCACUCCCACCUGCAUGUUCUCUCUGUUGUUGGAGCCUGGAGCUUCGAUCUCUGGGCACAGAGGGGUCCAUCCUGCCUGCUGGGGCCUGUGAAGGGGCUCCCAGGGCCAAGGCCCCCACUUCCAGAGGAGGAGCAGGGAUCUGGGUUUGCUUUUGUUUUUUUUUUUCCGUUUUGGGUGUACCCUUGGGGCCAAGGGGGGUGGGGGGGGAAGGCGAGGGCUCCGGGUGGUGCUAUGAUGUGGCACUGGAUAUUGGGUAAUAAAUUUGCUGUGAUUUGUA